AAACGCACCUUUUCUUUAACCAGUUUUUAGCUGGUGCUCAAAAUGGGACCUGUACCCAAAACUUGCGAAAGUAACCUAUGCGAUUUGCCCGAGAACCUCCUGCUAAAAGUGUUUGGAUAUUUACCUGUUAAGGAAUUAUGCCUUAUUGGCAGGGUUUGCAGGCAAUGGAGAAGAAUUGUUCGGGACAACUCUCUGUGGAGACAUGUAGAUCUCCUGGAGUAUCGUUUGGAUCUGAAAAAGAUGUGGAAAGUCAUCCGCAGUCACCUGUCAGAAUGUCUUCUCUCCAUGAGGGUCAAAGGUUUCAUGGACACUGGGAAACCUAAGUCUGGGACACAUUCUUUGUCUGAUGCAAUGCUGACUGAUUUAAAAGACAGAUGUCCAAAUCUGGAAGAAAUCCACUUAAAGAACUGUAAUGUAGCCAACUUAAACCCAAAGCUAUUUCCAGCAACACUUGUCAGACUAACAUUAGAGAACUGUGCAGUCCAGCCAGGUUUAAUGAAGAAUUUCAGUGAAGAUUUACAUCAACUUUCUGAACUAAAUGUUUCGGGAACUGUGAGAUUUGAUGACACAGAACUUUCUUUUCUGUGUCGAACAAACCAGUUAAAAGUACUGAUACUAAAUGGCUGUUACAGAGUGUCUGUGGAAGGUCUUUCAAAAGUAGCUCAACAGAUGACAAACUUGGAGAGACUGGAAUUGGAGAAUACUGGCAUAAAGAACACAAAUCAGAACUUUGAAUUAGCUGCUCAUCACAUGACCCGUCACAUGACCUCUCUAAAACAAUUAAAUUUCAAAGGUUGUGCAUCCCUCUCACCCACAGUUCUUCAGAAUCUUCUCUCAGGUUUGAAAAAGUUACAGACAUUGAAUAUAGCAUGCUGUUCAUUAAUUAAGUACAGUUCUCUUGUAACAAUGGAGCAAAAUAUGAAAGGCUUGAGGAUGUUGGAACUUUGUCAGUCCCAAAUGGAAGGUCACAAUGCAGAGGACUUGGAGUCACUACUAUUAGAGUGCACUGUUGAUGUGGUGGAAAGAUGUCUCUGUAAACAAAAUUAAUGACAUGUGCCAUAGAUUUAUUCCCUGUAAUCGACAGUAAUUUCACUUAGAAAAUGCUUUGAGAAUUUAUCAAAUUGAGAAGUCUCACAUGUAGUAGCCAUUUUUGUGAACAAGUUCAAAGUUCUUGUUGUAAAGUAUUUUUUCACAAAGUAAACUUAGAAUGUCGUAUAAUUGUGAUGCUAAACUAUGCAAGAAAAAACAUUCAUAUCAUUUGUAUGUAUAAAUUAUAUUUGACUGUGGAUUUCUAAGAAUUGAAAUCAAUUUUAAACUGAGAGCAACUAAUAUUUUAAGUCACUGAUUAGAUGAACACAUUUUUCAUUUUUGUAAUAUAUAUAUUCUGUGAUUACACAAUACAUGUGUAUUUAUUUAUUUAUUUACUACACAAAUAUAUAUUUAUGUGUACUAUAAAUGUACAAAAUCCCUUCCAUUGAAAAGUAAAUGGUCAAUGUCAAAUAGUUUUUAUUUUCUUAUAAGUAUAUAUAUAUAUAUAUAUAUAUAUUAAGUCGAUGGGUUGAACCAUAUUAAAACAAGGACACAGU